AUGUUCAAGAAGUAUUUCAUAUUUAUAAUAGUAUCUAUAUUUAGCAUAGUCUUAGUUGUAUAUAAAAAAGUGAAGAAUGAAAACACUAACAUAGAGUACUAUUAUAGAGGUGGAAAUAACAAGGGAAGUUGGGGUGCAGGGCGAAUGGGUGACAUUCAUGGAGACAGGAGUAGUUGGGGUGAGGAAACUGGAGAAUGUAGUCUUAAUAAUGAAUUUUGUUCUAUUCAUUACAGUGAUAAUUUUAAUGAAUCGCAAGAAUAUAAAAUUAUAAAUUACAAGGACACUCGAAUUAACAAAUUAAAGAAAGGAGUAAGGAAAGUUUUUCAUCCAUUCUUUACAGAAAUGAAUAGUGAAACAAAUAGUAAACAUAUUAUUUCUUUAUUUAUCGAGUUUUUUGAAAAUUCGAAAAUUUUUUUAAUAAUAUCACUGCGAUCAAGUUAUCAUAUGUUGAAUGCCUACGGAAUAGUGUUAAUAUCAUUAUUAAAGAUUUUAUUUUUAUGGUUUACAAUUAUAGAACCAUAUUUGCAAUGGACAUUUUUAAAAUUAAAAAAAUUAUACAUAAAUUUGGAUUGCAAAACGAAGAAGUACAUUAUAAGUAUGACAUCCAUUUUUUUAGCAUUUUUAUAUCUGUUAUAUUCUGGAAUUAUAAAAUGUAUUUUAAAUAAAAUUUCUCAAUUUUACAAAUACUUACUAAAAAAAGUAUUUAAGAUUAAUAAUUUUCUGUUUACCAUGUUGCCAUAUAUUAUGAGUUUCUUAUUAUAUAUUACUUUAGUAAAAACCAUACCAGUAUAUUAUAUUUCUUUUUUUAUUUAUUCUUUUUUUUUUCCCCUACCAUCUGUUUAUUCAAUUGUUAUCAUUUUGAAAUAUGUCUACUUGUCCAACAUAAACGACUGUGUUAUGAAUACACUUAAGCAGAAGUUAGAUUCAAAAUAUAUAAAUACCAUCACUGAGUAUUGUACCUUGGAGGAUACUAAAUAUGAAAAAUCCUUCGAGACAGUUGAAACUUUAAAUAAAAAAACAAGAGAAAAUGAAGAACCCUUAGAAAAUGAGAAUGUCACAAAUGGUAAGAAAAAUUCAGGGGAUGAAGAUUCUGUAAAGGAUCCAACGUCCGAUGAGGAAGUGAGAGAAGACAAGGGAGAAAAUGAAGCAGAGUUGGGAAAGGAAAUACAGGAGGGAAAAUCGGAGGAGCAAAAUUCAGAGGAGCAAAACUUAAAGGAGAAAAAUUUAAACGGGCAAAAUUUAAACGGGCAAAAUUUAAACGGGCAAAAUUUAAACGGGCAAAAUUUAAACGAGCAAAAUUUAAAGGAGGGUAAUACGAAUGAAAACAAGAAAUGCAAAGCAGGGAACUUGGACCAGUCAGAUGAAAAUCAGGAGGUAGAAACAAAAGCUAAGAAGAAAAAAAAAAUUCCCUUCUUUAACUUGGAAAAUUUUGGAUUUAAUUCAAAAAAAAAAGAAAAAAAAAAAAACGUAAAGGAGAGUGAUGACAAAUGUACAAGAAAAAACAAUCAAGAUAUCGUUUUGGAAUAUUCCAAUAAGCAUAAAGCUGAAGAGGAAAAAAGCCGGGUUGUGUAUUAUGAUGUUCCUAUUUUAUUAGAAUAUUGGCUCUUUACAAGCAUAUUAAAAUUUAUUAACUUUUUCUUUUUUUUCAGCAGUUAUAAUAAAACUUCCUUUAUGUUUGAAUAUUUUACCUUGUUUGUAAUAUGUCUAAACAUUAGUGAAAAAUUUCAUGAAUUUGUUUUUUUAAAGGAUUACAAAUCAUCUAUUCUUGUUCGUGUUUUAAAGAAUGUGUUAGUCAGUACUGUCGAUUUUGUUUUAUAUACCUUAUUUAAUGUAAGAUUAGAAAACGAAGAAAAGAAAGAAAAAAAAAAAACAGAUCAAGAUAUGUCAUAUAAUGAAAGAAGUAAUUUAUUAAUUAAUAUAUCAAAAAUAAUGAAAGAUAAAUUAAAAUUAAAUGAAACAGUUAAAUUCAGCUUUACAUGUCUAAAGUCAGUAAUUACAGAAAAUGUCAUAGAAAGUGUUAAAUUACCACUUUAUAUAAAAAUAUUUAUUAAUUUGUUAAUAUACAUGCCACAACUAAUACUUUUAAUUUUCCCUUCCUUUAUUCUUAAAAUAUAUUUUGCUUAUUUCUUUUUUAUUCUUCCAAUAUUUGGAUCUCUCAAAUGUUUAGAGGAAAAAAAUGCAUUUCACAAUAAAAUAUACUUUAUAUGCUAUUUCUUUUUUUAUAACAUUGCGUCUAUUACUGUAAAUCAUGCAUUUUUCAAGUGUUUGCCAUUUUAUAAUUUAUACAAAAUUUUAAUUACUAUAACUGUUCAAACAGUUCUUAAAUAUAUCUUUAAUCUGCUCAAGGUGAAGAGUUGA